AUGAACAUUUUCCCUAACAUUCUGCUCCUAACAAAUGGCGUAGACUGCAAGGCAGCUGGAGCGUACAGGGCAAUGAACAGAAUCACCCUGAUAGAGCCAUUCGUGAAUGAGAACGGCAAGAAUGACACAUUCGUGUAUGAUGGAGACUACGUUGUUUCAUGCAAGGGAUACUCCAAUUUCAUCCAACUUGGCUACUACACAUCACAGUCAAAUGGCAUUGUUCAGACGAGGGAGCCAUUCAAGAAGAAGAACUUCAAGUUUGAGAUCUAUUUCACGCUGGACAGCGUACAGAAAGGCGGAAAUGGGUUUGGAUUCUGGGUCAGCUCCAAACUGACUUCAGGUGGAUUCUACGGCAGAAACAAGGACUACAAGGGAUACGGGGUGUGUGUGAGCACCAAGGGGACUCCUUACGUCCAAUUUAUGAACAGCAACAAUCAGCGGAGCAAGAAGAUCACGCUCAAGGACCCAACUGGAUCACAUGUGAUCAUAUUUGAGAAUCAGCAUCCAAAUCUGAGGGUUCUCUACAAAAGCAGCAAAUCGAACAAGAAGGAGCUGCUUUGGGCUGGAAGCACGAACGUGGAGCCAACAUUCGUCCUGGGUGCCAGCGCACACACUGGUGGAUCCCAGACUGUGCUCAGGGUCUUCUCUCUCUUUGGGUCUGCGAUGCGUGGAAUUGAGGAGACAUUCGUGCCAAGUGAGCAGCAGAAGUCGUCUCCAGUCGUGAUGAUCCUUGGAAUCAUCUCAAUUUGUGUCCUAAUUUACUACUUGUACACAAAACAGAAUAAGCCAAGAGAAUUGACCAAUUAG